CCUUCUGCCGUACACUCGUUAAUUAUACCUACGACAAUGUAUAUUUCAUUUACAGUGUUCUCUUUGCUUAUCAUUUUUGAAAUCGUAGUAGUGUGUUGCAAAAAUGACUGGGAGAAGAUCGACAGCGUUUAUCAAGAGGAGCCUUGUUCUAAGAGCGGGGGAAUGUGCGUCAUAGCGUCAGAUUGUCCUGUCGGCCAUCUAACUCAAGAAAGUGGUCUUUGUCCUUCACAGCAAAGCGAUAGCGUCGAAUGUUGUUAUGGAAGUUCUGUUAAGGAGAGAAGAUGCAGAAAAUUAGGAGGAGAAUGCAAACCAUUGUCUGAGUUAUGUCAAUUCCGUCCUAAAUACCAACAUGUUACGGAUUGCCCUGAAAGUACCAGAUGCUGUAUCUUGGUGUAAUAAUAAUUCAUCUCAAACAUGCGCGGAAAUAUAGUCUUUAUAGAAGGCUGCGAAACAUAAUGCGGGUUGUGGGUGCUAUAAUUUUGAUACAAAUUAGCCCCUCGCAUCACGUCUUAUAUAUGCCACAUACUUACCUACUGACUUGUCCUUAUCACGGCUAACGCUGCUGAUGCCCGUACUCCAGUUGGUACUCGUAGGGCGUCAGGGAACACUACCGCCGAGUGAUCCCGGGUAACUUGAACUUUUAGGCCUACACGUGCUCGUAAAAUCCUGGUUUAUGGAAUAUGCCUCAAUAUGUCAGUUUUUGGCAUGCCAGUACAUAAAUAUGGAAGUUAUAAUUUACCGUGUCAUGCUUCUUUAUCGCAUUAGUUGGAACGUGACGACCACGACGGCAAUUCGCAGAACAUACAUGUCAGUUUUGGUUCUGAUGUUAUAUUACAUUAAGUAUUUGAAUAAAUGAAACGGUUUACUCACGUAAUCACGUGUUCGUCUUACCAUGGUCAGAUGAAUUAAAGCUCUAGAUGCCGUUGCCUAUCAUCAUAAAUUCAACGAAAAUUAUGUUACUGAAUCCCAUUUAUAAAUAUUUUGAAAUAUUUAAGUUUCAUAACAGUUUUAUAUUUGAUAUCCUGUGAUCAUUUGAAAAACUUAUUGUAAUUUCAUGUUAAAUAAAAGGUACUUUGAGAUAAA